GCAUGCCCGAAUGUGAAAAGUGCGUUGAGAAUGAUUACCGGCGGAGGCCAGCGGAGAGACAGAUUAUACGACUCCACGCAACUGUUGUUUUAAUCCCCUGAGCGAGGAGAUUUGCACAGGAGAAAACACUGGCUUCGAACCCAGCAGCCAUAUUGUAUGGAAAAACGAAGAGAGGACUCUGGUUUUCAGAAACAUAAAAUUUAAGUCUUUGGUCCAACAACCCUGACAAGACUUUUGACUUUAAAUUCUUCAAGGCCACUGGCGGUGGGUUUCAUGUCGGACAGCUAGCUUCGACAGCUGUCUGAGGAGGAGAGAGACCGAGGCGAGCGUUCUCAAAUUAUUUGAGCCCAAUUAUUUGUGUUCGAGGCGUUUAUUGAACACGCUGAAAUAUGAAGGACCGAUUGGAGCAACUAAGAGCGACAUGUAAUCAGGACGACGAUGAAGUGGAGAUUGCUAUGGACAACGCAGCCUUUAUGGAUGAGUUCUUCUCCCAGAUUGAGGACAUCAGGAACAGCAUCGAUAAAAUUGACGACAAUGUGGCUGAGGUCAAAAAGCUUUUCUCGGUCAUUCUGUCUGCUCCCACGUCAGAUCAAAAAACACAGGAUGACUUGGAAGCAAUCACCAAUGACAUCAAGAAAAUGGCAAACAACGCCAGAAAUAAACUCAAGACCAUCGAGAGGAAUUUGGAGUCAGAAGAACAGGAGAGGGUGUCAGCUGACAUGCGGAUACGUAAAUCACAGCAUGCAGUGUUGUCUAGGAAGUUCGUGGAGGUCAUGACAAAGUAUAAUGAAGCUCAGGUGGAUUUCAGGGAGAGGAGUAAAGGACGUAUUCAGCGACAGCUAGAGAUCACCGGAAAGGCGACAACAGAUGAAGAACUUGAGGAGAUGUUGGAGAGCGGCAAUGCUGCUGUGUUUACUGCAGGGAUUGUGGACUCUGGCAUUUCCAAACAAGCCUUGAGUGAGAUUGAAGCCCGACACAAAGACAUUGUUCGUCUGGAAAGUAGCAUCAAGGAGCUGCACGACAUGUUUGUGGACAUUGCCAUGCUGGUGGAGAACCAGGGUGACAUAGUAGACAACAUAGAGCAGAAUGUUUCCAAGUCAGUGGACCACAUCAUGGUUGCUAAAGAGCAGACCAAAAAGGCUCUAAGGUACCAGACCAAAGCACGCAAGAGAUGGGUGCAAGUAGUGCUGAUUGUUCUGGUCUUGCUGGCCGUGCUAGCUCUCAUAAUCGGGUUGUCAGUGGGCCUGACGCGCAGCUGACGAGAUGUUUGAGUAAGACGAUUGCUAAGGAAGAUGAUCAUUAUCGGUGUCAUCUGUGCAGUGGUCGUUAUCAUCCUCCUCGCCAUCAUCCUCUCACAGACUCUAUAGCAGGACCUUGGUUAUCAUGAUCAUCUUCACUCCAUUCAUCACCCACGUGCAAACCAAAGAACAGACUUUGAUAGCACUGUCGCUUGGGUACUUCUAAUUCAUUAUCUAGUUGAACAUCUGGAGGAAUGACUUGUGACAUAGACUGAUUUAUGAGCUUAAUUCCCUGAAGCUAAAGGCAGUUUGUUCUGCUUCAGAUGAAGAAGCAAGACUCGCGAUGGGCCACAAUGUAGCGCCACUCCAGUGUCUUUUUUUUCCCAUUUUGUCGUGCAAGUGGUGGAAAAUGACUUAAUCCGCAACAGGUUAAGGACCUGACUGUCUGCUCGAAGCACAUCACCUCCCUCCUUAUUUUUACUAUUUGCCUUCUAUGAGCCGUUGACACAUUUCACAAUGAACUGGGAAUUGCAAGGUUCUUGGGAGUUUUGUCACAUUCACGUUGUUGGGUUUUCUUUGUCGCCAACCUCGAGCCUUAAAUAUGCCUGUUUAGCUGAAAAGUGCACAUGUGAAGUCCUUGCUCUUCAUUGCAAGUGUAUGAGCAAACAAGCAUGCCAUAAUAAAAAAGAUUUUUAAUGAAAGAUUUUAAUGCCAAGGGCUAAAAAGCCCUCAGGUAGUACCACGAGUAACAAUGAUACCCAAAAUGUUUGUGAAUUUUUUUUUUACUCAUUGAUGGAUGUGUCUUGCUAAUAAAGUUGCACCAACACAAUAGACAUCAUUCAAAACUAGCCUGGCUGGUGGCUUUUUCCCCCCACCCAACAGUGCUGUUUUAUUCAAAUGAGUUCAUGAAUUCACGCAAAUAAAAUACCAUAUCAAAUAUUCCUACCAUCAAAGUGUUUAUUUUCUGAGAAAUGAUUUGUUCCUCCCAUACAUAAUGUUGUGAAAGUAAUGUGAGGCAACACACUUGAAAUAAAUAAUUCUCAUAUUGUUUUGUUUUGUUUUUUUGCGGAGGGCAGCAAAAAUAAUCAAAUGAAUUCUGAUGGUUUAUAUUUCCGAGUCUCACAGUUGGGUUUCUCUGCAUUGAGCCUGCUCAGUGACUGCAAUCAAUGAGUAGAACAAUUGCAGUGUGUUCAAGAGGCACUCCAUUCAAAGAUGGACAUGUUUCAAUGUAGACUUCAUGUGUUAAAAAAAAAAAAAAAGGCAAAACGGCGGGAAACAAGCGGACAAAAUUAUUUGAUUGUACUGUUUUAUGUUGACAAGUCAAUUAUUUAAAUGCAAAUGAAAGACAUUUUCUGUGAAUGGCUGGCUGAGUCGCAUUCCCUUGUAAUCUGAUGCCAUCUGGUUCAUUUGUUGAUAAAUAUCAAGCACCUUUCAAAAGUGAUAGAAAUGUCCACAAAGAGAUAAAUUCUUUUUUACCUUCUUCUGAUAAUCCAGUACUCUUUUACACACACACACACACACACACACACACACACACACACACACACACACACACACACACACACACACACACACUUUCCCUUGGUUUUCCUUAUCCCCAGUGACUGUGCCCCCAUGCAUUUGGAGUUCAAAAUGCUGGAAUAAUUAUUUUACGUCCCGUGUCUACAGAAAAAAAUGAUGAUAACUCUGUGCUGCGCCAUCAUUGGAAUCGUGGUGUUCUCCUAUCUCUACAGCUUCUUCUCAUAAAAGGUACCAUUCAUCAAAACAUGAAAUGAUUAAAGAAAAAGAAAGUCAAGUCUAAAUAUACAAUGUUUUUGUCUUGUGCUUGCUUCAAAGAGGAUAUCACGAAGUAAAACAAACGUCUCUUUACCCUGAUUGUGUUGAGUGAAUGUAAUUGAUGUGUCCCUGUUUGCUUCUGUACUUCCCCCUUGACAUUCUUUGAUUCUAACCGUUUUAUUGCCACAAGAAUCGUGUUUUUGGCACGCUGCACCACACCACCCCCUGGUGGUAAUGUAAAAAGGGUUCGAUGGUAUGAAAUAUUUUCCAAGCGUUGUAAAACUGUUGAGGGAGAUUAAGAUAUCCUCUGUAGGAUUUAAAAUGGAGAUUACACGUGUUCAAAUGACUACUCGGGUAGGAGUAUUAUUUUAAGACUUGAUGUCACGAUCGUCAUGAUGUGCGUGUGAUUGUGUUGUGCGUGGCGUGCUCUCACAAUGCGCGUCAUUGUUUUUUUCGCCUCGAAUUGUCUCUCAGUCCCUGGCAGCCUGUCAACCCAGAAAAGCGUGUUAUGCAAUAAACGAUGGCUGUACGUUGUAA